UGUUAUGUGUGCGAAGAAGUCGAUCUUGUCCAUGUUUGCCUAUUCAGUGGUAAAUGUCCCACAGGAUUACUGCUAAGGUAAGGUUUCAUUGUCAAAUAUAGUUAAGUCACAGAAUCAUACCUUUUUGCCCUCACAAUGUAUGCAGUAGUGAUAAAAAAGAUAAUUUUAUAAAAAUGGAAUAGUACAGUUAACUAAGUGGUUUUAAACAGUUAAUGGAAAAUGUAAUGGAAAAAUAGGCCCAGUCAGUAAAUGAUAUUCAAUGUCACUUGAUGGAAACUCUGCACUUUGAGUAUUUGCCUAGAGACAAAUGAUGCACUGAUCUGAUCUCAUGAUCAGAUUGGUUGUUAGAUGAGCCCAGUUCUUGUGAAAGAGCUGUGAUCUUACUUUCUGUUCAACAUUCCUCAUGAGUUGCUGACAAGAUGACUUUAACAGAGAUUUUACUAGUCCUCACUGGGAUCAUUUACACAGAUGCAAAGACUGUUCAUGUGGAUAUUCAUGCGUCUGGAUGCACAGACUCAGAUGGACAGGACAUGUAUGGACUGGAUGGGGAAGAAGUGGCUCACGCAGACUGGGAGGCUCAAAAGUAUGUGAUGACACUGCCUGCGUUUGCUGAUCCAUAUGCAUAUGAGGAGGGCACAUAUGAGCAGGCAGUCGCUAACCAGCAAAUCUGCAGGCAGAACUUGGCAAUAAUCAUACAAGCUUAUAAGCACCCAGCAGUGGCAGAGGUCCCCCCCACGAGCUUCAUCUACCCCAGAGAUGAGGUGAAGGUGGGCCUGCAGAACUCCCUCAUCUGCUUCAUCAGUGGGUUCUACCCGCCCCGGGUCAACGUGACGUGGACCAGGAACAGCAAGAUGGUGACUCAGGGAGUGAGCACCAGCCAGCUGCGGGUGAAUGUUAACGACGGCACCUACAGCCAGUUCUCCACCCUGCAGUUCACCCCUCAGAAAGGAGACAUCUACACCUGCACCGUGGACCACCAGGCACUGGAGAGACCCAUGACAAGAGAGUUCGAUGUAGAGGUGUCUGAGUCCCGUCUCAGUCUACCAGCAGUGUUCUGUGUAGUGGGUCUGAUCGUGGAGAUGCUGGGUAUGGCUACUGGUCUGUUCUUCUUCAUCAAGGCAAGAUAGUGGAGAUGCUGGGUAUGGCUACCGGCCUGUUCUUCAUCAAGGCAAGAUAGUGGAGCUCAAACUGCAUCUCUUUGUGGACGUCACUGUAGAGUCAGUCAGACUCUCAGGAAGAUGGAGGAACAUCGAGACAUUGUUUGUUUUCAAUGUGUCAUAAUAAAGAAUGAUUUGACAUUCAA